UCUCGAUCAUUAUUGCAAAGCCAACACCCAGCAUUGAAUCGAUCCCCACCUCCUCCUCCUCCUCUUGAUCCUUUUUGUCCUGAUGAUGAUGGGUAUCUGAUCAGCCGAUUCAAUCCCAUCGUCUCCAUCUUCUUCUCCGUCCUUCCUUCUCUUGUCUUCUUCUCAAGCAAUCCUCUCUCUCUCUUCCUUCUCCGUGGGUUUUCUUGUCCAAAUUCGUCCUCUGUGUAAGUCCGCGUUGACCCCUCUCUCUCUCCUGUUCUUGAUUUCUUGAUCUUUCGACGAAAGAUUGGAUCUUGGCUCGAAAUUUUCGUCUGGUUGGAUUGAGCGAGGAUGAACAAGAGCGUGUUCAAGCAGGAGCAUGACUUUGAGAAGAGACGUGCCGAGGCAGCAAGAAUAAGGGAGAAAUACCCAGACAGGAUUCCGGUGAUUGUGGAGAAGGCGGAGCGAAGUGAUAUUCCCAACAUCGACAAGAAAAAAUAUCUUGUCCCAGCCGACCUUACCGUGGGUCAGUUUGUCUACGUGAUCAGGAAGAGAAUUAAGCUGAGCGCUGAAAAGGCAAUCUUCAUAUUUGUUGACAAUGUCCUUCCACCCACAGGAGCAAUAAUGUCUGCCAUUUACGAUGAAAAGAAAGACGAGGACGGGUUUCUCUACGUCACCUACAGCGGGGAAAACACAUUCGGUAACAACUGAUUAUGGCCGAGUGCUUAUGGCGGAGUGCUGCCGCCCAUUUCUUUAUCCCCAUCUCACUGCCAUCAGUUUCCUCGUGCUGAACUCUGGCCAGUAUAUGUGUAUAUAGCCAUUGUGCUUAUGUGGGUAAUCCAUUCUAUGUAUAUAAUAAGCAUUUGUCAAAACCUAUGAUGCUAAUGAACAACUUGGUACAUAACAUGCAACGAUCCUCCGGUCCAGUUUAUGUACUGCUGCUGGGCUGGGUGGACACAUCCCCGAGGUGAAGAUUAUGCAGAAUGCUUGGGUAGUUCCACUGGUAUUGGAAGUUGAUUUUUAUCCUUCAAUUUGGUUGCCCACUGAUUGAAUGUUUGCAGUAGUUCUGGGAGUAUUUAGUACAAAAAAUUCCGAUGUACAAA